GCCGUUCAUGAGAGUUUAAAUGCUGGGGAAUAUUCCCAUCUUCCCACAGGAGAAGAAGAAGCAAGCAGGAGGAAUUACUCCAGGAGAAACUACGGACAUACUAUUGUAAAGAUGGAGAUUAAGGAAGAACCCUGCAGAAUAAAAGAUGAAGACACAGAGGAACAAAUAGGAGAAGAAGCAAGCAGGAGGAAUUACUCCAGGAGAAACUACGGACAUACGAUUGUAAAGAUGGAGAUUAAGGAAGAACCCUGCAGAAUAAAAGAUGAAGAUACAGAGGAACAAAUAGACCCGAUGGAAGUGAAUAAAGACAAACAACAUCAGUUUCAAAAUCCACAGCAUUUCAAAAAUGAAGAUGGAAACACAGUCAUUCAACAGACCGAAAAGUGUUUCCCACAAAAACGAGCUGGAAAAACUGGAGAAGGAUCUUUCACCUGCUCUGAGUGUGGAAAGACUUGCACACAAAAAUCAGGCCUUAAGAAACACAUGAUGAUUCACACUGGAGAAAAACCGUUCACAUGCUCUCAGUGUGGAAAGAGUUUCAGUCAUAAAGGCUAUCUCGGUGUUCAUCUGCGCCGUCACUCUGUAGUGAGAUCAUUCAGCUGUGAUCAGUGUGAUAAAACAUUUGUUGUGGAAUCAAACUUAAGAAGACACCUUAAGGUUCAUACUGGUGUGAAGCCUCACUUUUGUUCUUUUUGUGGAAAGAGUUUUUCACGACUACAAGCUUUAAAAGAGCAUGAGAGUAUUCAUACUGGUGUGAGACCUCAUGUGUGCUUUGACUGUGGGAAGACCUUCACUUCAUCCAGCAACUUAAGAAAACACCAUAGAGUUCACACUGGAGAGAAACCGUACAAGUGUUCACACUGUGGAAAGAGAUUUGCUCAGUCAGGACACCUGAAAGAUCAUGAGAGAGUUCAUACUGGAAAGAAACCGUACAAGUGCUCACACUGUGAAAAGAGAUUUGCUUAUUUAGGAAACCUGAAAGAUCAUGAGAGAGUUCAUACUGGAGAGAAGCCGUACGAGUGCUCUUCAUGUGGAAAGAGUUUCACCCGAUCCUCUACUCUAUGGUAUCAUGAGAAAAAGCAUUGCCUGAAGUCGUCUAAGUGAGCAAAGUUCACAUUCACAUCCAUGAUUUACAAAUAUUGUACUUACAAAUAAAUUGACAUUCAGAUUGU